CUUGAACGUCGGCCAUGUUCAUUAUUGUGUUUGUGCUUGAUUGAUUCGAUUUUUGCUGAAAAUUCGUUAUUCCCUCACGAAGUUGAGCAGUAUCUCCCGUCAGUUCAGCAUGAGCGCCGAGCAACGAAAAGACGAUCAUUUGGUGAAGUUGACCAAAGUCAGGCUCCAGAAUUUGGCGAGGAAGCAAAGGCUGGAGGAUCUGGCGCUGCAGUUCAUUGCCGCAAAUUUCCAAAUUUACAAAGAUUUCAACCUGCCUUCUCAGAUUCGCGAGAAACUAUUGCAAAGGAUUUUGCAGUGGAAGUGUUUUGUCCCUUACAACAAUGGAAAUUUGGAGCAGUUUGACGAGAUGAUGCAGGCGCUGCCAAAGCUGCUUUGCUGGUGGACUGUCUCUGUUGACUUCACGAACAUGUUCACCUUUUGCCCAGCUCGAAAAUUCAAGAGCUCGUUUAUCCAGGUCUGCGAGUUGUUGGCUCGAGUUGCGCCAAACAUCGAAGAGCUGUCGGUGACGACCUAUCCAACUGAUUACGAUCUCGUCAUUCAGGACGUGCUACUGCCGUUGACAAAAAUGCAGAAGCUGCAGAAAUUGCGGCUCUUCUGUGUCCGUUUCGACCUAAAAGGAUUACUGGAGCUGUGCAGGGCUUUGCCGAGCCUUCGGGUGUUGGGCGUCCAAUCCCUUGAAAUCAAACGUAAAGUUGCUGGCUGUGGGAGCAAUAUUCCAAGAGACCUGAAGCAUCUGACUCAUCUGAGAGUGAUGAAUGUAGAGGGUUGGUAUUUCUAUGCUCGCCAGAAGUUUUUUUCAAGGGUUGCUCCUCAACUGGACUACAUUGACACCUGGCACCAGGACGAGGACACGACUGUCCAUCUGCACGAGGAGGAGGGCAAAACGCCAAACCAGCAAAGGAAAUUAUUAAGUUUGCACAAGGCUGCACAUCCCUUUGAUGGCAAGGAGCCACUCCACGUCAAGCACCCAUCCAUCAUUCGCUUGCAGGUGUACGGCUCGUUCAUUGUAAAAUAUGGAGUGAAACCCCUGGACAAAUUUUCAAACUUGAGGACCUUGGUGUUGAAAAGCUGCACAUUGACUGACGUGGUUAGCUUGAUGAGAGUUUACGGAGAGAACCUGCGCACACUCCACAUCGUGGACGACUGGUACAAUCCAAUAGAAGGACUCACGUUCGGACGCAUUUUGGAAUGCUGUCCGCGACUGGAAGAACUUCGCUUGGAUAGAGUCGUCAUUCCAGAUGAAGACGCGUAUCCCUUCCCAGAACUGCGGGAUUUCAGCUGGGAAAAUGAUGCGGAUGACGUUGUUUGUGUCCUGCUGCGGUCAAGCAUCCUGUCCUCUCCAAAACUGGCGAGGAUUAAGCUGAAUGGAAAGUUUAAAGUGAGGGACUUAAAGAGCGUGGCCACCCUGAUCGAGCAGAAGAAGAUCCUGAGGCAAUUGCAGUCCUUUCACUUGAGCCUCGUGUACACCAGGAACGAAAACUUCAAUUUUUCCCACUUCAAGGCUGCCGUAGACCUGGCCAAGGCUGCCUCUGCGUUCCUUCCUUUUCUGAUUGAUCUCCGUCUUUCUGUAAAUAACAUCUGCUACCUCUGCUAUGAGGAUGUAGCUGCUGCGAUCUCGGAAUCUGACCCUGAUCCGAACGAUGAGUUAGAAGACGAGGCUCUGAACAAGAUUAUGAAGGAGUUUGAGAUAUUCAGAGGUGUUGGUUUCAAACCAUAAAUGUGGUUCAUUUUGAUAUUCAGUCUGUGAAUUGAUUUAAUUUUGUGCUGUGGAAUAGAAUAUAUCCGAAAGUGAUAUAAAUAUAGGUUGAAAUUUAAAAAAAUAAAUUCCGCUAUCCUUA